UCGAGCGCUUUCCGGGCUGCGAGCUGGGGGUGCGCCCGGCCCCCCGGGCCCGGGACCAUGGGAAAUGGCAUGACCAAGGUACUUCCUGGACUCUACCUCGGAAACUUCAUCGAUGCCAAAGACCCGGAUCAGCUGGGCCGGAAUAAGAUCACACAUAUCAUCUCUAUACACGAGUCACCCCAGCCUCUGCUGCAGGAUAUCACCUACCUUCGCAUCCCAGUGGCUGACACCCCUGAGGUACCCAUCAAAAAGCACUUCAAAGAAUGUAUCAACUUUAUCCACUGUUGCCGCCUCAACGGGGGGAACUGCCUUGUGCACUGUUUUGCAGGUAUCUCUCGCAGCACCACCAUUGUGACCGCAUAUGUGAUGACUGUGACGGGGCUGGGCUGGCGAGAAGUGCUGGAAGCCAUCAAGGCCACCAGGCCCAUCGCCAACCCCAACCCAGGCUUUAGGCAGCAGCUUGAAGAGUUUGGCUGGGGGAGUUCCCGGAAGCUCCGCCGGCAGCUGGAGGAGCGCUUCGGCGAGAGCCCGUUCCGCGACGAGGAGGAGGUGCGCGCGCUGCUGCCGCUGUGCAGGCGCUGCCGCCAGGGCUCCGCGACCUCGGCCGCCUCCGCCGCGCCGCACGCGGCGGCCUCCGAGGGAACCCUGCAGCGCCUGGUGCCGCGCUCGCCCCGGGAAGCCCACCGGCCGCUGCCGCUGCCGCUGCUGGCGCGCGUCAAGCAGACUUUCUCUUGCCUCCCGCGGUGUCUGGCCCGCAAGGGCGGCAAGUGA